GAUAACCUGAGGGUGAAGCCGCAAAGAUGCCGGCGCUCAAGUUUGUCAGAUCUGUUUGGGAGUCGUUCCGUGCCAAUUCCGGCCUGGAGCCAAGAUUGUUGGAUGGCCUUCGCGUCACAUCCGCAACUCCUGGCCGCGUCAAGUUUGAACUUGAUAUUCAAAAGGAACAUACUAACCGACUGAACAUUCUCCAUGGAGGCACAAUAGCCAGUAUGGUCGAUCUCGGUGGCUCUCUGGCUGUAGCAUCUCAGGGUCUCUUCGCUACAGGCGUGUCAACCGAUCUCAACGUUACCUACCUGUCGUCAGGAGGUAAGAUCGGUGACUUGAUCAAAGCUGAGGUGACUUGCGAUAAGUUCGGCAAAACACUGGCAUACACGUCAAUCAACUUCAGCAACAGCAAGGGCGAAGUGUUUGCGCGAGGAAGCCAUACGAAGUAUGUGGCUUUAGCAUGGAAAGACCCCAACAAUAUCGUAGAGCAGCUUUCGCCGAAGAAGAGUGAGAAGAAGGACUAAUUCUGUUGUACCCUUUCGCUCUCUUGUCGUGUUGACAUGGCGAUGUGUUCGAUGAACAUCUUGUACUCUACAGGUCAUGAAGACAGGCGAAUAUACCGAG